GUUUAAAAAAAAAAAUCAGUCACGUUCUCAUUUCAACAACCAACUAUACUAUGCUAGACGAUAUAUUAUCGUACAGUAUGUCUUACAACAGUUAAAGAGGGUAAAUUAAGAAAAGGAAGCAGGAUAUGUAUAGUGGUCAUUAUGUUGCACGUCUCAUUCGAGCAUUAAUUAGACCUAGUCGAGAAGUCAGUUAUUUCCCCAAUAAAGUUAUUAUUUGGUUUAAUUUGAAUAACUGGUUAAGGUCUAAAGUAAAAAUGACGUCCUUCUUCUUUUUUAAUAAAUUUAUUUAUUUAAAUAAACAAAUAAACAAACAAAAAAGUGUAGAAAUCAGCAGACCCUUAACGUGAGGAACCACUGGACUGAACUACCUAAGGAUACACUGAUAUCAAAUGGGGUAUCUUGACAAUGUUGUAUUUAUACUUUGAUUCUGUCUGAAUACUAAAGUGAAAAAGUACCAGAAGCCUAUGUGACGUCUUCAACUUGCUUAUUUCGUCUGACCGAAGAUGUUUAUUGUACUAUCACAAACUUCAGAGAAAACCAACAAAUACUCACUUUCAUUAAAGAAGCUGGAUGCAGAUGAUUAUUAAAUAUUUUGUGAUGAAGGAGAUAUAAGCUGAAUUGAUUAUCACACUUGUUGGCUAUACAUUAUCGUUUCACCACUCUGUUGAAUGAUUCACAAGACAUGCAUUUGCAGUGUGAAUGUUUCCUACGUGUCACUGCGUGUCCAGCAGGUGGCAACAAUGCGCCCAACUGAGGUUUGGUUGAGUAACAGCCAGUAAAAGCGAAGAAGAAGAAGGUUUGAAUUAAAGUGGCUAUUUUAUGAUUGUAUGGGUUUCCAGUGGAGGAAGAGGUUAAUUUAUCUUCCAACUUUGUUAAUAAAGUAAUACUUUGAACCUUUAGCAAUAUAAGAACACGGACGAAUGAACGAAGAUGCGCUUUUUUGUAGUCCAUCUCCUGAACGUAGUAGUUUCACAGCUGGAGACUGACGUCACCAACAUGCACCAGCCGUCGCAUCAUAACUACGUGGCUUUGUGAAAGUGGAGUCAGGUGAUCUAAACACCGCGGUGGUCUUCUCAUAUCUCCUCAUGAAUCCUCCUUCCCCUCUUUCCUUGACACCGGGACGUUUUCCCACAGAGGUCGAGGAAAAGACCGCAGUAGUAGAAGUGAGUAGAGAAACUAGAGCUCGUCGUAAACUAUGCUUCAUCCUCUAUUGUCCGCCGGGUUCUGGUUUGGAUCCGAUCGCCCUGGAUCCUGUCUGGGGACAUCUUUACUGACAACACUGUCGCUCCUGAUGUAUGCCGGGGGCGUGCAGGCAAGUCUGACCGUCGGUCCAGGUGGAGACUUCCCAAGGCUCAGAGAUGUGCUCCUGUACGCCUUCAGUCACGACGACCUGCCCUCCCUGCUGGUCAGCGUGGCCCUCCUGCUGUCGGUUGGACCGUGUCAGGAGCGUCGCUGGGGGACAGUCGCCUUUCUCGCCCUCUCCAUCCUGACGAUGGCCAUAUUGCCUGUUCUCUACACCCUGGUGAUCUUUGUCGGUGGGGGGGAGGCGAGUCGGUUCUGUGGUUACUCUGCCAUCCAGCUGGCUCUGUUUGCAGCGCAGUGUCGCCAGGUGGCACAGAGGAGGCUGCUGAGGUGUUUGCCAGUCUGGUUUCUCCCCUGGCUUCUCCUGCUGGCCGGGCUGCUGCUGCUGCCCGGGACACCGGCCCUGCUUCACUUCUGCACAAUAUUCAUCGGACACAACUAUCACCAGUCCUUCAUUGGGAUGUUACAGGAGCUGGAGGAGGCUAGGUUAUUGGACUUCCUCCCUGAUUGGGUGUUUGUUCGCUCUUCCGCCAGGUUGAGAUUACCCACCUGCAUUACCUCACAGAGAUCCGUUUCUCAGAUGAUGCCUGCAGAUCAGCCAGCUGCUCCCGUCAUGAGGGAUCAAUCGAACCACCACCCAUGGGUGGAUCCAGUGCCUGCCUGGAUAAUGAAAGAGUCUGCUGCACUGUCUGAGGCCGAGGUACUGGAGGAACAGAUGCUAAAAGCAGGAAUACUGGCCUCAUUACAGGAUGCGCCUGACAACCCUGAUGCAAAAGUGGAGGUGCCCAAAUCAUCAGUUUCCUCCUUGCGACUCCAGCAGCUGGAGAAGAUGGGAUUCCCCACAGAGAAAGCCGUGGUGGCGUUAGCCGCCUCCAAACAGCUAGAUGGCGCCAUUUCCCUGCUGAUUGAAGACAGCGUCGGAGAACAGGCGGUGGUGGUGUCAACAGGGAAGAAGAGCCCUCUGCGCCAGAUCACCUAGACCAGGCCCACUCCCCUGGACUGCAACCGGGUUUGCUCUGGUGCAGUACACUGGACUCUCAUUAUGCUUGGGUUUUGCUGAGCUUUAUUUUUAGAUUUUCCCUGUGGGCUACACUCUUCUUGUAUUGAUUACUGUAAUGCACUUUUCUCCUCUCUCAGUAAAUAUGCCAUAAACCGGUUGCAGGUCAUCAAGAAUGCUGCUGCCAGAAUACUGACAAGGACAAAUAGACGGUCUCACAUCAACCGAUACUCAGGUCUCUUCUCUGGCUCCCUGUAGGGCAUAAGAUCCACUUUAAAAUCCUCACUCUCACAUACAGAACUCUGCACGGCCAGACUCCUUCAUACGGGGCUGAACUACUUCGAUAUUCAACAGCCCGCCAUCUCAGAUCCAACCUCCAGAAUCUUCUGUCGGUCCCUCAUACUCGCCUUAAAACUCGUGGUGACUGAUCUUUAGAGGCAGUAGCACCAAAGCUACUCCCCUGAGGUCAGCUGAUUUAAUAGUAUAAACUCCAUCUUAAGACAUACCUGUUUACACUGGCAUUUUGGUUAAUUACAUAUUCUAUGCCCUGCUUUUUUAAGUUUUGUUUAUUUUUGUUUUAUUGUGUCUUUUACUGUGUAUUUUACUUUGCUCUUUUAACUGUUGACAUGUUUUAGACCCUGUUAUUGUCAAUUUGCUUAAUUGACUAUUGUACUGCACUUUAUGAAACUUUGUCUGUGAUAAGUGCAAUAUAAAUAAACCUUACUUACUUA